AUGGCCACGCAUUCCAGCAACGACUCGAGCGGCAGCAGCAACACCGCCCGCAGCCGCUACCUCUCCAUCAUCUCGCCCGUCGCCUACAGCGCCUCGUCGUGCGGCUACUGCCCUCCCCCCUCGUCGGGCAGACGCUCCGCCGCAAAGACCUCGCAACACUACGGCAUAUGGGCCCACCGAAUCAGCCCGCACUACUACCAGCGCCUCAUCGACGCAGGAUGGCGCAGGUCCGGCGACUACAUCUACAAGCCCGACCUCGACCGCACCUGCUGCCCGCAGAUCCCCAUCCGACUCGACGCCGCCACCUUUGCGCCCGCAAAGCGCCACAAGAGGGCGCUCACCAACCUCCUCUUCCACGUCAGAGGCAACUCUACAAAGCCCGCCAGGUGGAAGGGCAGAUGGAGCAGGGGCCGCGACUGGCACCUCCAACGCAGGUGGGACCUCGUCGAGUGGUCACCCCACCCCGUCACCACCGUCGACAAGGGAAAGCAGAGGCAGCACAGCGACGACCACAACGACAACCACGACAACACCAGCCAAGAUGCAGCCUGGGCCAACACCGUCGCAGGACCAAAGACCAAGAGGCUCGAGACCACGCUGCGCCUCUCGUCGUCGACCGACGAAAAGUACCGCCUCUUUCGACGAUACCAGUCACGCGUCCACGGCGAGCCAGACGACAAGAUCAGCUCGCGCAAAGGCUGGGAACGCUUCCUCGUCGACACCAGCCUCAUCCCCGUCUGGCCGGCCAGCGGAAAGAUGCUCGACGACCGCCAAGAGGCACGCUGGCGCGCAGGCGAGCUCGCAGAUCCAUACGACCCAGACCAGCCCAUACCCUAUGGCUGCUACCAUCAAGAGUACCGACUCGACGGCCAGCUCAUCGCCGUGGGCGUGCUCGACGUAUUACCCGCCUGCAUCAGCAGCGUCUACCUCUUCUACGACCCAGACUUUGACCAUCUCGAGCUCGGCAAGAUCAGCGCCCUCCGCGAAAUCGGCCUCACCCGCCAGCUCUCGCGCAAGCCUGGCAUGGAGUCGAUACGCCACUACUACCUCGGCUUCUACAUCCACAACUGCCAGAAGAUGCGCUACAAGGCCGAGUAUCGCCCCUGCGAGCUCCUCGACUGCGCGGCCGACGAGUGGCGUGCCUUCUCCGACAUUCGGCCCGCGCUCGAUGCGGGCGUGCACCACAGCUUCGAAAAGUGGCAGGCCAGGUCGGGAGCACCGGCGGUGCCGAGUCACACGGCGGCGGACGCAGCACAGCGGUCGAGCAAUGACAGCAGCAGCGUCGAGGGUGAUGAGCAAGCUGGCAAAGAGAACGGCGACGACGAUGACGGCGACGGCGAAGAGGAGGAGGAGCGGCGGAUCCCCACCGAGCCCGCGCCACCGCCGGGCAUGCUGGAUCCGACCGAGAUGCUGGACGGCCUUCGAACGCUCGCCUCGAGCCGCGGCGGAAACCCGGCAUCCGCCGCCGCGUCAAGUGGAAGCCUCGAGGUGUUGGGCCGCGCGCUAACUCUCAACGCGAGCCGGCAGUUCGAAGGCAUCCAGCCGCUUCUCAUGUCGACGUUCGCGCGGGCCUACCUCGAGACGGGGCAGAGCAAGGAGAUGGUGCAGGCCGUUGAGUGUCUCGCUGCGCUGGGCGGCGACGAGGACCUGUGCGGAUCCUGCGUGUUGUUCCUGUAG